AUGAUGGUGGCUACAAGAAAGGGAGAGAUAGAUACAAAGCCUCCCUUUCGCUCUGUCAAAGAAGCUGUCUCUUUAUUCGCUGACAAACUUCUCUAUGCAUCUCAAUUCAAACAGAGUGAAGCAAUAAUGGAAAAUAGGGUUAUUAUUGAUGAGCCUUUGAGCCUGAGUCAUGAAGCCAUUGAAGCUGAGCUUGAAGAGACAAAGCAAAACCUUCAAAAAGCUAAAGAAGAAACCAUGUCAAUGGCGCAUUGUCUUUCUUCAUUGCAAGAAGAGCUUGAACUCACAAGGCAAGAGCUUCAACAAUUGAAGCAAGAAUCCAUGGGCAAGCAUCAUCCCAUAAUGCAAGAAGAAGAAGAAGAAGCGGUUAUUAUUAAAAAUAAUGUAACAAAGUUUGAUGAUGAUGAAUUGCAAAAGAAAAGGUAUGAGACUUUUGCAAAUACACCCUCAUUAACUCAUAUUAUUUCACCGUCACCACAACCGCUUACAGUUGAAGUUGAAAAAUUGAAGAGGCACCAUUCAUUUGGGAGUGAGAAGAAGAAGAAGAAUAAGAUCAAGCCACUUAUGCCACUCAUUGGUUUUGGAGGUAUCUUUUCAAAGAAAAAGGGAAACAAUUAUUAAGAGAAAAAUAAUGCUUUCCAUAGACACCUUGAAUUUUAUA